AUGAUGAAGAAAGAGAAAAGCACUAAUGCUGGAAGAAAAACUUCUCCUUUCAGAAGUCCUUUUAGAUACUCUGAACGAAAGAAAGCAAGAUCAAAAGAAGUUUUGGCUCGAAAUUUAGUGACCUCGGUCAACGAUCUUCAGUUGAACCACGCCAAAGAAGUCACCAAUGCUGCUUUCAGAGUUCUUGUUGAACAGGGCUCUCGCGCAGCCGAGACAUAUCUGGCGCACUUGGAAUACAUUCUCGGCGGCAUGUGCCAGAUUGACAUGAAGUAUUUCAACCGCUUGGUCGCUCCUAAACCAGCCGAAUGUGAAAACCCAAAAACUAAAAGUGCAAGAAAGCAGCUACUAGAAUUCAUAAAAGAAUGUCUACUGAAGCCCAAGAAGAAAGAAGAGGAGCUAGAAGCUACCAACCUGCAGUAUCAGAAGCUCGAGAGAAGUAUCAUUUCUUUGCAGCGGGAACUUGAAGAGUUCAAGGACAAACUUAUUCGUCAAAAAGAAAGAAACAAGGCUACUAGAAAUUCUUCUCUUCUUUUAGAAAAAUGGUCCGAGGAAAAUUCUGAGAGUCGUUCUUUUCCGCUAGAAAGCGAAAGUUCCGAACGAGUCGUCAAAGAAGACGACAAAAAAUCCAAUUCGACUUGGUUUCCUGGCGACAAACGAGCGAGGUGGGAAAGGCCUUGUUUCGAGAAGUACGAAGUCGUCGUCGUUGGCGAUUCGCAACUCAAAGAGUUUGGAAGGAGAAAGAUCAACCGAGCUGGCUACAAUAUUACCUCGUACAGCGGCUGCGACAUUCUAGAGCUGCUCUGCAUCCUACGUACUGGCGCGCUCAAGGACCCGCAAACAAACAAAAUCAACCCUUUCUCGACGAAAUCGAACAGAGAUAAGUUUCAAAACGGCGACAAGAAGAAGAUGAUGCCUCUGUCGACCAUCUGUCCGUGCUGUGAGAGCAACUGCAUGAAGAAAUUCACCGGCCGACUCGUAAUCGGGAUCGGCCUCAAUAAUGCUCUCAAAGCGUCACAAGCUGCUUUCGAAAAUCAAGAUGUCGGCAAACUAAUGCAUUCUCUGCACAGGGACAUCAACUACUGCAUGCCGAAACUGAAGAGUCUCCACUUCGUCAAGCCGAUCAAAGUGCCGCGAUGGUCGUUCCACGGCGAAGAGGAACAAGUCUCGCUGGAAGUGUACGAAGAGCUGUUGGAAGUUCUGGAAGAGUACCCUUGUUCGCCCGCCGCUCCAAUCCUGACAAAGCGAGACUUCAACAAGGAUGCAGUUCAUCUUGCCCCGCGAGCAUCCGAAAAAUAUUGGAAUGCUCACUUCAGCGCAAUCGAAUGCUCAUGA